AGGGGUCGGGGGGCGCGGCGCCCACAUAACACUCCCCUCCUGCGCUCGGAGCCACCCCUCUCCCCUCCCUCCUGCAAACACCACCGCCUCCGCUGCCACCGCCGCCACCUCGUCCAACGCUCCGCAGCUCGCGGCGGCGGGUGGGCGGUGCGCGGACCGUGCGCGCCCGGUGCGCCAGAUGUGCAGUCCCCGCCGCUGCCAGUGACCCAGCCGCAGCCCGAGCGGAAUCCGGCCGCCUCCUCAAUGCUGCGGGGGCGACAUUGAGCGCACCCCGGCUUCCCUCAGCGGGGACCCCGACACGCAGAGCGCUGUGCCCAGUCCUGCCCUCUCCAGCCCGGCUCGCCCCGUGUUUGGACAUGGAGGGGGCCGCUGCGCCCGCGGUCCGGGACGGCCCCUACUUGGGGUCGGGGGCGCCAGGCUCUCCCCCGGAGGCGGUGGCGGGGGCGACCGCAGCCCCCGCGGCGGCGGCGGCCCCGGAACCCAGGAAGCCGCACGGGGUGAAACGGCAUCACCACAAGCACAACUUGAAGCACCGCUACGAACUGCAGGAGACCCUGGGUAAAGGCACCUACGGCAAAGUCAAGAGGGCUACCGAGAGGUUUUCGGGCCGUGUGGUUGCUAUAAAAUCCAUUCGUAAGGACAAAAUUAAGGAUGAACAAGACAUGGUUCACAUCAGACGAGAGAUUGAGAUCAUGUCAUCCCUCAACCAUCCUCAUAUCAUCAGUAUUUAUGAAGUGUUUGAGAACAAAGAUAAGAUUGUGAUCAUCAUGGAGUAUGCAAGCAAAGGGGAGCUGUACGAUUACAUCAGCGAGCGGCGACGCCUCAGCGAGAGGGAGACCAGACACUUCUUCAGGCAGAUCGUCUCCGCCGUGCACUAUUGUCACAAGAAUGGUGUGGUCCACCGGGACUUGAAGCUGGAAAAUAUACUGCUCGAUGACAACUGCAAUAUUAAGAUUGCUGACUUUGGGCUUUCUAACCUGUACCAGAAGGACAAGUUCUUGCAAACGUUUUGUGGGAGUCCACUUUAUGCAUCUCCUGAAAUUGUCAACGGGAGGCCUUACCGAGGGCCAGAGGUGGACAGCUGGGCCCUGGGCGUGUUGCUUUACACUCUCGUUUAUGGAACAAUGCCAUUCGAUGGUUUCGAUCACAAAAACCUCAUUCGGCAGAUCAGCAGCGGAGAGUACCGGGAGCCCACGCAGCCCUCAGAUGCUCGAGGACUCAUUCGGUGGAUGCUGAUGGUGAACCCUGAUCGCAGGGCCACCAUUGAGGACAUCGCCAACCACUGGUGGGUAAACUGGGGCUACAAGAGCAGCGUCUGCGACUGCGAUGCCCUUCACAACUCCGAGUCCCCGCUCCUGGCUCGCAUUAUUGACUGGCACCACCGUUCCACGGGGCUGCAGGCUGAGGCUGAAGCCAAAAUGAAGGGCCUGGCCAAACCCGGGGCCUCUGAGGUCAUGCUGGAGCGGCAGCGGUCGCUGAAGAAGUCCAAGAAAGAGAAUGACUUUGCCCAGUCCGGCCAGGACUCCAUGCCCGAGAGCCCAUCCAAGUUGAGUUCCAAGAGGCCCAAAGGGAUCCUGAAGAAGCGAAGCAACAGUGAGCACCGCUGUCACAGCACCGGCUUCAUGGAAGGCGUCGUCAGUCCUGCCUUACCCUCUGCUUUCAAGAUGGAGCAGGACUUGUGCCGGACUGGUGUGCCCCUCCCAAGCUCCCCCGAGGCAGAGGUGCCAGGUAAACUCAGCCCCAAACAGUCAGCUACCAUGCCCAAGAAAGGCAUCUUGAAAAAGACCCAGCAGAGAGAAUCGGGUUACUACUCUUCUCCGGAGCGCAGUGAGUCUUCCGAGCUGUUGGACAGUAAUGACGGGAUGGGGAGCAGCGUCCCAUCCCCCAGCCCCCCGGACCCCGCCAGGGUGACUGUCCACAGCCUCUCCUGCCGCAGGAAGGGCAUCCUGAAGCACAGCAGCAAAUACUCUGCAGGCACCAUGGACCCAGCCCUCGCCAGCCCCGAAAUGCCCACACUGGAAUCUUUGCUGGAGCCUGGCGUCCCCGCCGAGGGCCUCUCCCGGAGCUACAGCCGGCCUUCCAGCGUCAUCAGUGAUGACAGCGUCCUGUCCAGUGACUCCUUUGACUUGCUGGAUUUGCAGGAGAAUCGCCCCACCCGCCAGCGCAUCCGCAGCUGCGUCUCUGCCGAAAAUUUCCUCCAGAUCCAGGACUUUGAGGGGCUCCAAAACCGGCCCCGGCCCCAGUACCUGAAGCGGUACCGGAACCGGCUAGGAGACAGCAGCUUCUCCCUCCUCACAGACAUGGAUGAUGUGACUCAGGUCUAUAAGAAAGCGCUGGAGAUCUGCAACAAGCUCAACUAGCUCCUCCGGGGUGCAGGGCUGGGUUGGGGGUGGGUACGAGGGAGGAAGGGGAGCAAUGACUUUGUGCUAAUGAGCUGGUUACCUCUUUGCUGGCCUUGAUAAUAAACUGUAAAAGGAUCGGUGCCAUCUCGCUUGGCCAAGUUUGCAGCCUUGGGCCAUCCCCUAAAAGGGAGAAGUGGGCUCUCUGCCAUCCUGUCAACUGCCAGUCAGAAUUUGGCUCCUAAUUGGCAUUAGCUUUAUGGCACCUCCUAGAGGACCAGCUAUCCAGGGGAGAUGGUGUUGGCCAGCUCUUAGAGGGUGGGGAGGAAGCAUGUGGGAGAAGGAGCAUUUCCCUAGAGUCGUCAGAUGCUUCCGGAGGAGGAUGAGCAAGAGAGACCAUUGGCUUUGGGUGAGCUUUGAGCUUGCUUCUUCUCCUUGUGUUAGCAAGCUUGGUCUGACCGCAUGGGGUUGGCAAGUAGAUUUCAACAAUCUGAGCUUGAAUCGGUGAUGGAUUGAUAGUGGCUGCUGAAGAUGCUGGUUUGAGUAGCCCAGACACAUGGGAAGGAGUACUGUGAUUGAGUAGUCCUGGCUGCCAUGGGGAUCGGAAGGGGGGCAGUAGCACUCAUGCCACGUAGUUGCCAUCCGUGACCUGGCUAAGCCCUGGGAAUUAGGUUAGGGCAUUCUGUGGGAUCUGCGUUCUCUCUUUCAGGCCGCUGGUGUGGCAAGACAGGGCCUUGGUCAGAGAGAGAAUGCUUUGAACUCUGCUAAGGACGUAGAGUCAGCCCAUGGUGAUUUUUUUGGCUUUUUUCCUGAUGUCUGUUUUGCUCUUCCGCACAACCUCCUAAGGGUGGACAGGAAAAAAGAUGGUGUCGGAGGUCAAAACGUGGGUGUAUAACAGAGCGUGGGACUCUCUGUUGUCCUUCUGCAGAUGAAUGGAAACCGACCCAUACCCACAAGGGGGCAACUUGUCGAUUUCUUUCGUGUCUCAAUAUUAACUGGAAUGCCACCUCUUGGGUUCGUGUUCACCUGCAUGAAUGCUCUAAAUUGGAUGUGGUACUGUCCAUAGUCUCCAAAGGAAUAACUGGCUCCACCACUGACUGUUGACUGAUAGCAGACGGUUCUCCAUCCACCAAGUAUGGAAUCCUCAGAGGUAGGCGAGUUUGCUUCUAGGGAGUUAGUGUGUAGGUGGAAUAUUUGGAUGAGGAAAGGAAAGUCAGGCAGAAGGUACUUUCCCCCCAAAUCUAGGUUGUCUGUGUCAUGGGUUUGAACUUCUUGGCUCUGGGGAAGAAGAAAGUUCCAUCCAUUCAAACGAAUAAGGUGUUGAAAGAACAGAGUGGGUUAGGAGAAAGCGUACAGGAAAGGGAACAUUUCCCUAGAAGUCAUCCAAAUGGUUCCGGAGGAGGUAGAAAAGCGAUGUGAUAGGACUCUCAAAAGUAACAUAUUUAACUUCUAGACACCCAAAUUACAGGUGACAAGAUGUCACUCCCACAAUGGGACGUCUUCAGAUACGGGGUUUGGAAUUAUUGGUUUUGUUUGGGUAUUUUGGAUGACUUCAGAUUCUACUGGCCCAGAAACCCUUGUUUCAAGAUGGCUGACUUCUGGUCGCCACCUUGAUAUGUAAGGAGGACUAGUCUUGAGGGUAUUUUUGGGAAAACCAACAGACAGUAGUUCAUAGGGAGAUGAGAAAAAAAUUCACCAUAAGGCAUUGAGAACAUUAAUUAGAAUGAAACUGCCCUUUCCCUAGGAGAUGGCUCCAUUUGUCCCCUUGCCACCAGCUCUGGGGUGUUGGCUUGUGUAUUCCUUCAGGUUGAGUGAGUAAUGUAUUGUGGGAAGCUUCUCAGUUUCCUUUCAUUCAGUUCCACCUCCUCCGUGAGCUCCAAUAUAGGUUCAAAGGGAAAAAAAAAAUCUGUAGGUAGCAAACUGUAUGUGGAGCGGAUGUGGAUGCAAGGAGGACAUUUUGCAACCUUUGAGCUCCCUCCUCCUCAUUUUGUGCAGCCUUUUCUACACAACCUGUACUGCCACAGUGCUGGUCCCUCAUGCAUGGCAGCUGGCCUAGUUGGUAGCUGUCAGUAUAACACCUACCAACUGGUCGAUGUGGUGUUUUUUUUUUUCCUUUUGCCAAGUGAUUGCCUCUGUUUAGUAUUUUCCAGCCUUCUCGAAAUCUUUCAAUAAAAAUGACACUUCAAGGAAAGUUAUUCUACUCCCCUCCCCCCGGAAAAAAACACCAACUCGCGUGCGUGUGCGCGCACACACGUUCUCUUUUAUCAGUAAACCCAGACAGUGGAUUGUGGCGAAGACAGUCCUCUACUCAGAGGCAGAGAUUCUGAGUUGAGUCCCGGUGUGCUGCUAACUAGCUGGUGGCCUGCAGUGUGUUGGGGGCUAAGUUUUCCCUUCAG